CAACUAAUCAAAUUAUUGUCAUGUCGUUGUUCGACAAUAGCGGAAUUUAAUUGUUUGCGUUAAGUUGUCAAAUAUAGUUUAUAUUGUAUAAAAAAUCGCUAAUGAUAUUUAGCAAAAUAUAAUAGAUUCACUUUUUUAAAAAGCGUUCCCUUAUUAUAUAUUAAAAUGGAUCAGAUGUUGAGUCCUGGGUUUUCAAUCCCCAGUAUAUCGGCAACACCGCUUCAUCAAAUGGAUGCGGAUCAACAAAUUGUACCAAAUCCUGUUUAUCAUCCUGCAGCAGACACACACGAUCUAAACCACAUGGGUAUGCCUUCAUUAAUGAAUAGUGGCGCUUCUCCUGCAGCAGGAAGUUCUUCUAUGAUAGGAAAUGCACACCCAACGCUACCCACCGCACAUAAACAAAUGCAAUCGUAUCAAAGUUCCGCAAAUUCAUUGACAAAUGGUGCGGCGCCACAAAGUCUAAUGAUGCCGCAAACACCGCAAAGUCUAAUGUCACCAAUGGUGCCGAUGAGUGAGCGCGCUGAAAAUCUUAGUAACAUACAUCAAACAAUGGGCCCUGCGACACCAAUGACUCCAAUGACCCCUGGUUCGGCUGACCCUGGCAUCGUACCACAGUUACAGAAUAUUGUGUCCACUGUCAAUUUGUGCUGUAAAUUAGACUUGAAAAAAAUAGCUCUGCAUGCGCGUAACGCUGAAUAUAAUCCAAAACGAUUUGCUGCUGUAAUUAUGAGAAUUCGUGAGCCACGAACUACUGCCUUGAUUUUCUCUUCUGGCAAAAUGGUAUGCACAGGUGCAAAGAGUGAGGAUGACUCUAGGUUGGCAGCAAGAAAGUACGCACGCAUUAUUCAAAAACUAGGAUUUCAGGCCAAAUUUCGAGAUUUUAAAAUUCAAAAUAUGGUCGGCUCAUGUGACGUGAAAUUUCCAAUACGCUUAGAAGGUCUUGUACUUACGCAUUGCAAUUUCAGUUCGUAUGAACCAGAGCUUUUUCCAGGUCUAAUAUAUCGAAUGGUGCGGCCUCGUAUUGUGCUUUUAAUUUUCGUGUCUGGCAAAGUGGUGCUAACAGGAGCAAAGGUGCGCCAGGAAAUCUAUGAAGCAUUUGAUAAAAUAUUUCCUAUUCUAAAGAAGUUCAAAAAACAGUCUUAACGUCACAAUACAAUGACUGCUUUCCGUGUUGGAAUAUUUAUUUAAUUUGCGAAUAGCUUGCAGCAUCGAACGGGUAUUCAUGGUUUAAAACUAGUUGCUGUUAAACAAUUUGCAAUUGGCUAUUUGAUGAAUCAGGGAGUUAUGAUUGAAUAUAUUAAACUUUUAUAUAAAGUUUGUGUGAAAUUAGUUAAGAGAACAUUGUAGUUUAUUUAAUAAGUAUAUUAGAUUUAGGCGCUGCGGAAUUGUAAAACGCAUACUAUGUAAUAUUGUUUAAUAAUUUAAUUUUGUAUAACAUCUUAACUUUGUAACCGAUUCAGUUCGACUAAAUACAAAACGAUGUAAGAUCGAA